CAUCUUGGAAUGAAAACGAGGCCAAUGACGCAAGAACGCUCGGCGCGCAAUUCAAAAUGGCGGCGGCUUCUAGUAUGUCGAAUUUCGCGGGACGACAUGAUCACUGUUGUGUACCUCACUGUACCAACGAUGCGCGGUACGAUACAGACAAGAGGCUGUCGUUCCACUCCUUUCCGUCCGAUCCCGUCGUCAGAAGACAAUGGAUCCAUGCGAUCAGGCGUGAUGUUGGACACAAUUUUAAGAUUACCAUUUCAACGAAGGUGUGCUCAGCACACUUUGACGGCGCUGAGCUGAAGAGAACCCUUGUUGGGAAGAGAGUGCUGAGGAAAGGGUCUGUUCCAAGUAUCUUUUCAUGGACAGACAAGUGCAAGAGUGCCAGGAAACCCCCUAAAAUGAGGAGCAGCUCUGAUUUGGAGAAGGCAGAGUCUGAUGAGGUUCAGAAGAGUGACUCCAAUAUGGAGGUGUGUGACACUGGAACUGCUGUAGACCACGACUAUGCACAAGGCCCCAGCAAACCAUCACUGGAGGAACAGCUAGCAGUAGCCAUGGAACACAUAAAAAAACUAGAACUGCAGAACAAUCAGCUUAAGUGUCUUACAUUUAAUGCUCAGCGUUUCAGUUCUGAUCCAGAUACUCUUAGGUUUUACACAGGUUUCCAGUCAUACAGUCUUUUCUUUUCCAUGUAUAAAGCUCUCGAACCAACAGCCACAAGGAUGAUUACCUGGGCACAAAUGCAGAGGGGAAGGGAUGUAACUGCUGAUAUGAGGGAUAUUAUGAAGCAUGGAAGUUUGUCUUGCAUUGAUCAGUCUUUUGUUCCUAUGUUACUGCAAGUGCGGUCUGUUUGA